GGUCGGAUCGUGUUCGUGUUCGUUCGUUCAGCUCGGUCGGUACAGCUUGCUUACGCUUGCAUUAGAAGGAAAGGAAUGCAAAUAUUUAUGGUAUGGUAGAACGCACGCAACUGUAAUCGCACUUGGCGUUCUCUUGAGCUUUCACUUUUUGCAAUAUGUAGUGAGAUACAUUAUUACAAUCAGACCUGCGGGUCAAUCCACCAGUCAAUCCAUCUUUCAUUCUCGUGAAGAUUUGAUUUCCUCACUGAUGAGAAAGUAGCAGACAGACACACCACUCGCACUAUGGCGACUGCUCGAGGUCCUGGUCUUUACGAAUUCCUCAUAGAAGCAGAACUACAGCAAUACUAUUCUGGCAUUAAAAAUGACUUAAAGGUGCAGAAUGUCUCUCAACUCAAGUACGUUACAGAAGAGGAUCUUCAACAAAUUGGCAUGACCAAACCAGAAAUGAGAAGAUUGAAGAAAUUCUUUCAACGUCACUUUCCUCAAAAUUAUAUUUCCAAGUUAAAAAAGAUGAUUCGCCCUAAAAAGGAAGAGCAAUGUAGUAUGCAAUCCCUUUUACCUGAUGACAACCAAGAAAAGCCAGCAAUUCGAGUGCCAAAUAAACAUAUCAUUCCUGCAGAAGCAAUUCUUGUCAAUAAAGAACUAGGAGCUGGAGAAUUUGGAGUUGUACAGCAAGGAGUUUGGACUAAUGACCGAGACAGAAUUCAAGUAGCUAUCAAAUGCCUCAGUCGAGAGCGUAUGCAAAACAACCCAAUAGAGUUUCUGAAAGAAGCUGCUAUCAUGCAUGCUAUAGACCAUGAACAUAUUGUUAGGCUAUACGGAGUUGUAUUAGACACUAGUGCUCUAAUGCUGGUCACAGAGCUUGCUCCUUUGAGGUCCUUGUUGGAGUGUUUAAAGGAACCAUCUCUGCGGGCUAGUUUUCCAGUUCUUUCUUUAUGUGACUUUGCAAUACAAGUUUGUGAUGGUAUGCAAUAUUUGGAAACCAAGAGGCUCAUACACAGAGAUUUGGCUGCUCGAAAUAUCUUGGUGUUUUCCAAAAAUAAAGUGAAAAUUUCUGACUUUGGGCUUUCUAGAGCCCUUGGAGUUGGGAAAGAUUAUUACCAAACUAACUUCAAUGUCAACCUAAAGUUACCUAUUGCUUGGUGUGCACCUGAAUGUAUUAGUUAUCUGCGCUUUACAUCUGCAUCUGAUGUAUGGGCAUAUGGAGUCACUUUGUGGGAAAUGUUCAGCUAUGGAUUCCAACCUUGGGCAGCUCUGACUGGUCAUCAAAUUUUGGAGGCUAUUGAUGAGCCUAACUUCCAGCGUUUGGAGCAGCCUGAAUGCUGUCCCAAAGAAUACUUCAGUGUUAUGCUACGGUGUUGGCAGCAUGAUCCAGCAAAGCGACCCAGAUUUUGUGAUUUGAUUGACAUACUACCAGAGUGCAAGCCAGAACAAGUUCAAGUUGUUGAUGCACUAGUGGAAGGGCAACUUCGCCGGGAGCAGUUGAUAUAUCGUGUGGCAGAUAUUAUUACUGUGUUGGACAAAUCACCCCUUCCAAAUGUUGUAAAUGUUUGGAAGGGUGUGCUUACCAAUGGAAAGACAGGAUUAUUCAAUCCAGCUCAUACUGUGGCUUACAUUGGGAAUAAUUUGCCUGCUGCAAACAAACCAGGAGAUUUUACUCGUGGAGAUGGCAGAAAUACAUUUUCAUCUAGAAGACGGCUUAGACCAGAGAUGAUAUCAAGGCCCCAAGGAGAUCUCCAGCAUUGUGGUCAUGUUGGUAAAGAUGGGGCUUUCUUUGGUGAUAUCUCAUUUCUAGGAGGAAAGCAAUACAGUCAGUUACCUCGUCAAGUAGUAACACCUUAUAAGCCUCAAGAGGAUGCUGGUUGUGAUGCUGCUGAUGUUACAGACCGAGCACCUUUGCUCAAAAGUCAUGGACACCCUCAAGGAGAUGGCAGCUGGUCAGAUUUUCCAGAUACAGAAGAUGUUCCACCCAUGUCCAAGCACUUAGCUAAAUAUUCGCCGCCCAGGAUUACUCAGCCAUUGCACACACCUGCUCCAAGCAAUAUGCAUUCUUUAAUGUAUGGUUCUAGCUUGUCAUCGUCCCCCCCUGCUUCAAACUUGCAUCAAAACAAUGUUUCACUGUCGUCCUACGGAAAGCCUGAUCAAUUAGGCUCUCAACAAUCAUCUCAUGCCUCACCGAUUAAUGGCAUUCAAAAUGCAUGUCAUUAUGAGCCUCACAUUUCCUCUCACCAUGUUCAGAAUGGAAAUUCCAUUCGAUCUUUGAAUGGAAAUCAUAAUGGAGUUAUUAGUGGAACUCAUAACGGGCAUUUAAAUGGUGGUGCUUCUAAGUCUCAUGGCUCUGGUAAAAGUCACAAUGGCGCACACCAAAGUCAAUCUGGGCGCUCUAAUAUGGAUCAUGAAUAUCAUGAAAUUUCAGAUGAAGAGGAAGUUGCUUGUAUGGAGAAAACGUUCGAGUUAGGCAGUCUCCUGACAGAAAUGGAAUCAGCCUUUCCGUCUCUUGGAACUUCACCUCUUCCUCCCGCAUCUCAACCUCCUCCCUCACCUCUAGAUGAAGACAUAAAUUUGCGCAAUGAACAGCGCGAACUAGCAGCUAGGUGGACUGGUGUGCGAAAAAAGCAGGCCACGCUCAAGCAUCCAUUCUCAACUAUCAAUCCGAGGUUUAUGGGCGGGACACUACUUUUUACAUCUGGAAAACUGCGUAUUUCAUCGGGGAAACUUCGUUUUGCUGCCAGUAGACUUUGUUUUUCAAGCAGAAGACAGCGGUUUGGAGUUGAAAAAAAGUCAAGUCGAAAUGUACGGGUUAAACCAAUUUCAGCAUCAGAUGAGAGAACUUUGGAUUCUGCUAUUGCCAUGGUGAAUGAAAUUGCUGCCCGUUCAAUGGAAGGUCAUGGAGAUGAUUCUCCAAAGACUCCAGCAUCUCCAAACAAGCGCAAGUUUUCCUUCCGUUUUCCACCAUCUCACACCAUAACAUCACAUACUCGCCAUGCCAGUCUUUCAAGAAGUUCUCAUGAUGAACGUAGAAAUUUCACUGAAGAAGCUGCAUCUAUUCCAGACAUGCAGUCCACACUCAGUGCUGAGGCCAAAGCAGUCUACAGCAGUCUUGUUGAAAAUUCAGCAGAUGUGUCAAGUUCAUCUGCAGCUUCUGAAAGUAAUCCUCUUCGAAUGUUACGCUCUACUCCUGUUGUACGCCCAAGAGUUCGGGGUAACAAGCACCAGAGCAAUGAAGGAUCAACAAGCGAACCAUCUGGAUCUAAUUGUACUCUGCCAAGGUGUAGAGUUCCUCCUCCUACUCUUCAAUCAGCUGGCAGCGGUAGUGUAUUUGAGGAUACAGAUGUUGAAAUAGAUCAGCAUGAGCAUGCAGAACUUCGAGAUGAUAACCCAAUUCCACUUCCUCCUCGGGAUAGAACAAGGCCUCGUACAAAUACUAAGGCUCGGCACCAAAGAAAGCAUCCUCUUAUAAUUCCAGCUAGUGGAAUGUCUAGGACUCUGGCCAUGGCUUCAAGAGAAACUCUUACACUUGGGUCUGAGCUUGCUGACGAAAGCAAUACAGGGUCUCAUGAUGAUAGCUAUGAUCAACGACUAGCAUGCGAGAUUGACAGGUUGGAUGACCUGGAUAUUGAUGCGACUGAUGGAGGGCAUGAAGAAGACACACUGGUUACUCUAGAAAAUGGAAUUGCUACCUUGACAAGUGGUGAUCCUGUGUUUCGCUUGUCAGAUCAUGUAUCUUGUGAAGAUUUAUUGGAAUUUGCUUGUGAUGGUCCCAACUCUCGAAGAACGCGUGGUAAAGCACGUGGCAUAGACUCUGAUGAGGUCAGAAUAAUGGGAAAGGUUUUAGGCAACAAUGUACAUGUAGAAGCGUGCUUGGCAGCCUUAAAUGCUGCUGAUUGGGAUGUUCAUAGAGCCAUCAAAUUAGUUCGACUUCAGACUUUAUUGCAGUCAUCGCUGGACUUAGCUGACUGUGGACAAGCAUUGGAUAGCUGUGGAUGGGAUGUAGCAAGAGCUGCAAGUUGGCUACUUGCUAAUUCUGAUGUAGGAGAAACAACUCAUGUUUAACCAUUUUGAUAUUUUUUGAAUGCCUGUAGUGAACAGUUUUGAAACUUAAUCACAAUUUCAUUUAUUACUGCUUAUUAAUUUUCUUCAGCCCAGAAACAGCACUGUGGUCAACUGUGAUGGUCAUGACAGAUGCUGCUAUACAAACCUGUAACUCUCUCCGGUGAUACAGUUUUAAAAUGAUGCUCAUCCCAAAUAAGCCAGAUUUGUAUGAAAUUUAUUUUGUGCCAAUGUUUCAUUAUUGUAUUUUAUCAUGUUGCAUUUAUAUUUAUUUAGUCACUAUUUAGUUUUAACCAUGUUGUCUUCUUGUUUUCUUUUAUAAUUUUGUGUGAUAAAAGCAAUAAUCUUGAAAAAGUAUUAAUGAUUUCAAUGUGAAGAUAUUCUAAAGAUGUUGCUAGUGAUAUCAUGGAAAGAUCAACCAAAGUUACCUAUUUUAAUUAAUUUCUUGUAAUUGGGCAUGCGGUCCCCAGUUCUGCUUUUGUACUCACGUUAGUUUUGUAACACACUGAGGUUACAGGGUUUUCUUAAUUCUGCUGCUUCAUUUAACCUGCAGACUAAUCAAAUUUCUUUAUCGGUAAAGCAGCUUUUAAUGAAAUAAUUUGGAAGUACCAUACCAUACCAUAUCAUUUCAUAUGUAUCAACUUAUUACGUAAUAAUUCACUAAUAUCACACUUCGCUUUCUAAGACUUAUUAUAAUCACAAUUUCUUUAUACUGUCUACCUGAUAAUCUGCCAUGGUAAUGACAAUAAGACAGAUGAACAGUAUUUGAUUAUCUUAAACAAACAGACUUAAUUUGUAUCAUGAGGAUGGAUCGAGGGAUGGAUAUACUUUAACAGACUGAUUUUGCAUUUCAUAAAAUUUGAGGGUUGUAAAGAUUUUUGACAAUUACUGGAAUUGUUGUAAAGAAUCUUGAUUUCAUCUACACUGUCUACUCAUCUAUAUUUUGUAAACAUUUUUUUUUCUUUACAUCAAAAUUUGCUAUUACUCAAAGUAAUAAUUAAAGGACUGCUUUAAGACUUCCAUUUUGUAUUUUCAUAAAAAAUUAGUCUGGUUUAUUAAACAGUCUAGGUUGUGUAAGUAUCGUUCUCAUUUUCACUAUCAUUCUCAUUACAAUGUCUCCUUGUCGCCUUUGAUCCUUAUCUGCAUUGUUGUGCUUGUGCUUAAUCUUCUAUGUACUACUACUAUCUAAUGCUUUUCAUCACAAGUUAAAUUUUCUUCAACUCGUGUUGCAUUUUUUGUGUGUGUGAGACUUAUUUUAUGUCUGCAGAAUUUCUCUGUGGACAAGUAUUUUUUUUCUUUAACUACUAUUUCAUUGCUUAAUAUCAGAAUGUGUGUUAUUUGACUGAUUAAGUCUGGACUUUGUACAACCCCUCAAUGUUAUUGUUAUAUUCAUACACAUAUGUAUAUUGAUGCAUGCAAAAUGGAGUGAGCGAGUUGAGGGCACAAAUUCUGGUGAUGUCCCUUUAUUUUUUACUCUCAAGUUUCCUUCUUUAAAAUCUUAACAAUGUUGCCAUGUUUGGCAGCUUAAUAUUAUUGCUACUACUCUCGCUACUUCUACCCUAAAAAUGUAUUGGAUUGCCAUUUUAAGAUAUAUUUUGAAUGAAUAAUACUCAUUGGCUUGUUUUUUUUGGCUAAGGGCAUAUUAUUCAACUUCUAUAACUCAUUAUAAUAAUUUUAUGUCCAAAACCAUCAUUAUGUGAUCUGACAUCAAUUGGAAAGCUGUGCACUUUAAUUAAUAAAAUGUCGUUUUAAAACUUUUGAAA